AUGGGUGUCACCGGCCUCUGGACUGUCGUCCAGCCCUGUGCACGACCCAUCAAACUCGAAACCCUGAAUCGCAAGCGCCUCGCCGUUGACGCGUCAAUCUGGAUAUAUCAGUUCCUCAAAGCCGUCCGCGACAAGGAAGGAAACGCGCUGCGAAACGCACAUGUGGUCGGCUUCUUUCGUCGGAUUUGCAAGUUGCUGUUCUUCGGGAUCAAACCGGUGUUUGUCUUUGAUGGCGGGGCACCCGUUCUCAAACGCCAAACCAUCGCCGGAAGAAAAAAAAGACGAGAAGGUCGACGGGAAGAUGCUGUUAGAACUGCGGGAAAGCUGCUCGCCAUCCAGAUCCAGCGGCAGGCUGAGGAAGAAGCGGCAAAACGAAAAUAUGGGACUUUUGUGGCUGACAACGAGCAAGCAAAGCUGCCUGAAGACAUGGUAUAUGCAGAAGAAGCGUUGAUGACACCGGCGGAACGACAACGACACCGGAAAUUUCGGAAAAAGGAUACCUACCACCUCCCCGAUAUGGAUGUGUCGCUUGACCAGAUGGGUGGACCGGAUGACCCGCGCAUCAUGUCGCAAGAAGAGCUAGAAGAAUACGCUAGACAAUUCCACAACGGAGAAGAUAUCAAUCUUUACGAUUUCUCAAAAAUUGAUUUUGAUGGCCCCUUUUUCAUGAGUCUCCCGGCGAGCGAUCGUUACAAUAUACUCAACGCGGCGCGGAUUCGUAGCCGUCUGCGAAUGGGCUAUUCUAAAGAACAACUGGAUUCGAUGUUUCCUGAUCGAAUGGCCUUUUCAAGGUUUCAAAUAGAAAGAGUCAAGGAGCGUAACGAUCUUACUCAACGAUUAAUGAACAUUAAUGGAAUGAACGGCCAAGACGCCGCCCUCGGUUUCGAUAAUGGACAAAGAGUUGCAGGCGAGCGAGGCAAAGAAUACGUGCUUGUAAAGAAUCCCGACGUUGAAGGCGGUUGGGCUUUAGGCGUGGUUGGAAACAGAGAAGGAACAGCAGAAGAUCGGCCUAUAGAUGUCGACCAAUACGACCAGCCAGAUGUCUUGCCGGUGCAAGACGACGAAGAGGAUGAUGAUGCCUUUGAAGAUGUUCCGGUUGAAGGACUCAACAGGCUGCCAAAGCUUCCGAUCUUGGACAAGGGUAUCUUUGACGAGUCGAUUCGACAACAACUAGCUGGGGUUUUGGACCAAACGGAAGCAAUAUACGCAGCUGGACGUGCCACAUCAGGGAUUGCCGAUCGUACCCACCAAGACGACGACAACGAUGCUCUUUUUGUACCGGCCGAAACUGAUAUUCAGGGUGAAAACGGUCUUUUCAGCGACGAUGAGAAUGAAGAUCUCCGUCGCGCUAUAGCGUUGUCGCUAGAAGACCCGCAGGAAGCUGGGCCUGACAAUGUAGUGCACGCGGGCAGUUCCACCCAGCCAUCGACGCUACCCGUAUACGAUGAUAUGUUUAGCUCUGAGAGUGACGAUGGCAUGGACUUUACUGCUGCGCUGGCACAGUCUAAAAAAUCUCAGCCCGAGCCAAAACUGAAAGCGCCGGCGCCGGAAGUUGCUCCCGAGUACAAAUUCAGCGGACCUCUACCGUUUGAGACAUUGAAAAUAAAUAAAAGGGCCAAAGAAGAAUUACCUCGAGCACCUCCAGAAGCUGAUGCUGGUGGCUUUGAGAAACAGAGCGAGAGUAUUCAAAGCAAGGCAAAGAAGAAAGCUGCCAUUCUCCCACCCUGGUUCACCAAGGAUGACGAGCACAAAGCAGAGUUUAUUAUGGACGAACCAGAGGAAGAGCCUGCAGAAUCCAGAUACGAUAAUGAAAUUUUUUAUAACCACAGCCUGUCGCGGAAACGAGAGUCUCCCGAGAUCAUUGAUGUUGAUGACUUGGAAGGAUCUAAACAAGUCAUAAAUAUCGACUCUGAGGAUGAAAUUCACGAGAUGUCAAUCGAGAAAGAGCAGGUGGAAGAGCAGCCUGUAUCAAUGAAUGACGUGGCGGAAAAUAUCCGGAUGAAACCACCAGCGGCAUCUGCUGUGGCAGAAGUCAAUAGCGUAACUCGCGAGCCAGUGCCUCAGGAAGCAGAUGCCGAUGAAGAAAAGGAAAUUUCUGAUUGGGAGCCCACAGAUGACGAAGGUAUAGAACUAGGUGAAAAAGAUAAAUCACCGUCUCCCGAAUUUGAAGAUGUUGAACUUCCUUCCACAGCAGUCCAGCCUGACGAAGUCCCCUUGAAUGAUGCCGCCCUCUUCGAAGGACAUGUUGGCGCAGUUGACGACGAGGACCCAUACUCUGAUCCGGAAGAUGAAGAUCUCAUGGUGCAAUUGGCUGCCGAAGCAGAAGAACACGCUCGAUUUGCGUCGACCCUGAACAACAAAACCCAGGAUGAGAAUGCUCGCGACUUUGAACAGGAAUUGAAACAGCUCCGCAAUCAGCAGAAAAAAGACCGGCGCGAUGCAGACGAAGUGUCUCAUAUCAUGGUUUCUGAAUGCCAGCAACUGCUUCGACUGUUUGGACUACCAUAUAUCACAGCGCCUAUGGAAGCCGAGGCUCAGUGCGCACAACUAGUGUCUCUCGGGCUAGUAGACGGCAUUGUCACUGACGACAGUGAUACUUUUCUGUUUGGCGGCACGCGAAUCUACAAGAACAUGUUCAAUCAGAGCAAAUACGUGGAAUGCUUCCUGGCCAACGAUCUCGAAAAGGAAUACGCGCUGGACCGCACCAAACUCAUUCGUUUCGCUCACUUACUUGGAAGCGACUACACCGAAGGCAUUGCGGGAGUCGGGCCAGUGACAGCGUUAGAGAUCAUCACCGAGUUCAGCGGGCUGGAAGAGUUCCGCGACUGGUGGACGCAGGUGCAGAUGGGGGUCGAUAUCCCCAACGAUCCCCACCAGGCAUUCCGCAAGAAGUUCAAAAGGAUGGCGUCCAAGCUCUUCCUGCCUCCUUCGUUCCCGGACGAGCAGAUCGACGAAGCGUACAUGAACCCGCAGGUCGACAACGACGCGUCCGAGUUCCAAUGGGGGGUUCCCGACCUGAACGGGCUGCGCAGCUAUCUGAUGGCGACAAUCGGCUGGUCGCAAGAACGGACAGACGAAGUGCUGGUGCCGGUGAUCCGCGACAUGAACAAGCGCGAGCAGGAAGGCACGCAGGCCAACAUCACGCGCUUUGUCAGCGGGGCUCUGGGCGCGGGAGCGUUUGCCCCGCGAGUGCGCGCGCAGGGCAAGAGCCGCAUGGACAAGGCGCUCGGGCGCCUCAGGGCUGAGGCAGAAAGCCGCAGGCGAGCAGAGCAGCAGACGGAGGAAGAGCCAGAGCCAGAGCCAACACAGGAAAAGGCCCGGCCGAGACGCAAAAGGAAGGAAAGGACAUGA